GAAUUAUUUCAGACACGCAUUGUAGUAUAUUACUUGAAUUUAUUGUAUUGAGUUGGUGAAAUGGUAAGGCAGACCAGCAGGAUGAGUCAUCACUGAUGAUCUUCUCUUCCAACAUGAACAUGAACAACCAUCUUGAACACUUCCAAACACCAAACCAUGAUAUCAAGACGCCGCCAAAACACCAGCUGCGAUCCCUGCCGUCGCGUAAAACGGCGCUGCUUCUUCGCCCCCCUGGAUAAUGCACCAGGCGAGACCCGCUGCGUCAAUUGCCAGCAUCACAACCGCUCCUGCACCUUCGAGUUUGCAGCAUCCAAGACAACUAAGACAACGUCCAAUAGGCGAGGGACCGGGCUCGAGCGCAGCCUGCUCCACUCACCAUCUAAUGUUCUGCAGGCCGACGAAGGAUUCGCCAGUGGCCUGACCGCAGAGCCCGCCACGCCAGACCAAGAUGUCUGGGCCUCGUGGCUGGACAUGGAUGCUGGCCAAGAUAGCCAUGAGAACAAUCAAUCCACAUUCUCGCUUGUCGAUCCGUCCUUGAUAGAUCCUGCGAACAUCACAGGGACUUCUGAUGAUCAAUUAACCAGAACGAGAGAAAGACCUGCAGUAUAUAUCAGCCACUCAAUGGUCGGCUCCUCGCCCAACAGUCCAAUAUACUUGUUAAACACGAAGGUAGAUGCAACCAUUCUUGAGGGCCGUCUAUCUUGCAUUCACAAUGCCAUUGUGACUGGCUGUGCUUCCAGAUUCGUCGACUUCGAGUGUAACCUAUACGCGACAGCCUCGCGGUACCAACUAGGAGACGAACACAGUCCGCAAUCAAGUGGAUUGUCUACACCCGCUGGAUCCGCGGAAAAGGAACUGGCUGUGCAAGUGACUCCGUCAAGAGCCGGGUUCCAAAUGACUUCGCUUGGCGUUGUACGCUUCCUAGACCAUUUUGGUGGUCUUUAUGGGAACCGACUGUCGCAGUCUGAUAAGAAGCUGUCGGCCAAGGCGUUGAAGGCAGUUUUGAGGGCCUUCUCGAUGCAGUGGCUUUCUACUGAGAGUGGAUCCAUGGACUCAUUAAAUAAUGCAUACCAUGAUACCUGGUUUGAAGCGCGAUCAAUCCUGCAGAGUGCGCAAUCUAUAAAGUCCUUCAGAAUUGUCUACGCCAUCCUUCUCUUCGACGGAAUUGCCAUUCCGGGAAAGCCGAAAUCGCCCCAUGAAUUUCUAAACACAGGGCUGGAGCAUCUUCAGUAUUUGCAAAGUCUUGUGAAUGAGUAUUGCGGCAUACUUGGGCCACAUUCGACAUAUAGUGCACUCUUGGAAGCCAGUCUUAGUGUUGUUUCCUGGGCUGGGUAUAUCCGCGAUAUCGGGGCUGCUCUUACAGGCAGCCAUUCCUGCAAGCUUCCAUCUGCAUCCCAUACAAAGGCAUCGCAGGAUAUCCAACUGGACGCGGUCGGUGCCAUCCACCAGGAUCUAGACGAUAUCCCUGGUGUCUGUCGCAGAGCGGUCGCACAGGCAUUCUAUGUCUGGAGGCAGAUCGUGAGAGUAAAAGAAUCUCUUAAUUCUGCAGUAUCUCUCCCUGAAGUUGUCUCCACGAUAACCGCUGUAGAAGAGUUCAACCAGACAUUCCGCCCGUUCAUGAAUCGCUGUAUAGAAAGCCUCGAGCACCUCUCAACCGGCUCAAAGGCCUCUUCUGUAUCGAUAACGUUAUUCUGGGACCUCAGCGUCCUUAUCCUCGCUGAAUCAAUCGACCCAGACCUCAUAUCACAAAUCCAAUCCUACCGUCUCGAGGCAAUCUCGUCAGUCACUAAGACAGCACAGCGCCUGCUCUCUCUGGUCCCAGAGGAAGCUUUCAACCUCCAGAAUGGUCUACGCGCAGACGUCCCUAUCAUCUCCUACCAUAUCACCCCGAGCCUAACCGCAACGACAUUUGAGAAGGCCAUCGAGGCGAUGAUUGAUAUCCACCUCACCGAUGGUGAACAGGACAACUUGAUCUGGAAACAGCAAAUAGACACCCUCAUGAAAUCGUUGGCAUCGCUCGAUGUCACGGUCGGCGGGGAGCAGGUUACGAAGGCUGCGUUUAGCUCUUUGCUGCGGAGGCAUGGCGACGUGCUGUCUGAAUGCUGGACCGACACAACGUAAUUAAUUAUAAGUAUUAAGAGACUAAUAUCACCAGCGAUCUCAUUCGGCAUUUACGAUGUCCAUCACCGACCCCGCACAAUUAAACUUCGUGAGCGUUUCAAGCUGCAUCUGACAGCUGUCACCCAGGAUCCUGGGACUCUGCAACCCCAGACUUCAUCAUGUCGCUGUCCACAACAAUUAUCUGUUCCCUGGUAGCCAUUUGCAUCUUCAGCAUAACCCGCUAUACCAAACUGCGCCACUUCCCCGGCCCUCGAUGGACAGCCAUCUCAGACUGGCCACACAGCCUGGCAAUGCUCAGCGGCAACUGCCACAAGUGGUAUGCCGAUGUCAGCGAGAAAUACG